UGCUGCGGGCGGCCUCGGGGCGGGACGGUGGAAGCCCCGGUUAGACGUUAGCCGCAGCUUUCGGGAGCAUGUGGUGCCUCUCCAAGUAGACCGCCGGGGCCACCGCCGAGCAAACCAGUGGAGCUCGUGGCCUUCAGGUGUGUGUACCUGUGUAGGAAUCAGUGCCAGUGUAACUCUGGUUGUCUUCGCCGGUAGGUACCAGUGACCCCGGCCGGGAAGGUUCUGAGCGCUUGGCAACAUGGCUUCCCCGCCCCACCAGCAUCUGCUGCAGCACCACAGCACCGAGGUGAGUUGUGACUCCAGCGGAGACAGCAACAGCGUGAGGGUCAAAAUCAACCCCAAGCAGCUGUCCUCCAACAGCCACCCCAAGCACUGCAAGUACAGCAUCUCCUCCAGCUGUAGCAGCUCUGGGGACUCAGGGGGCGUCCCCCGGAGAGUGGGCGCUGGAGGCCGCCUGCGCAGGCAGAAGAAGCUGCCCCAGCUGUUUGAGAGGGCCUCUAGCCGGUGGUGGGACCCCAAGUUCGACUCGGUGAACCUGGAGGAGGCUUGCAUGGAGCGCUGCUUCCCGCAGACCCAGCGCCGCUUCCGGUAUGCGCUCUUCUACAUCGGCUUCGCCUGCCUUCUGUGGAGCAUCUAUUUUGGGGUCCACGUGCGGUCCAGACUGAUUGUCAUGGUAGCCCCAGCUCUGUGCAUCCUAGUAGUGUGUGUGGGCUUUUUUCUGUUUACCUUCACCAAGCUGUAUGCCCGGCAUUACGUGUGGACCUCUCUGGUUCUCACUCUCCUGGUGUUCGCCCUGACCCUGGCCGCCCAGUUUCAGGUUUUGACGCCUCUCUCAGGACGUGUUGACAGCUCCAAUCAUACCCUCGCAGCCAAGCCCACAGACACUUGCUUAUCGCAAGUGGGGAGCUUUUCCAUGUGCAUCGAAGUGCUCUUUUUGCUCUACACCGUCAUGCACUUACCUUUGUACUUGAGCUUGUUUCUGGGAGUGGUCUAUUCUGUUCUCUUUGAGACGUUUGGCUAUCAUUUCCGAGACAAAGACUGCUUUCCCCCACCUGGAGCAGGGGUGCCACACUGGGAGCUGCUGAGCCGAGCCCUGCUCCACGUCUGCAUCCACGCCAUUGGGAUCCACCUAUUUAUCAUGUCCCAGGUGAGAUCUAGGAGCACCUUUCUCAAGGUGGGACAGUCAAUUAUGCAUGGAAAGGAUCUGGAAGUGGAAAAAGCCCUGAAAGAGAGGAUGAUUCAUUCUGUGAUGCCAAGAAUCAUAGCUGAUGACCUGAUGAAACAGGGGGAUGAGGAGAGCGAGAAUUCAGUCAAAAGACACGCCACCUCGAGUCCCAAGAACAGGAAGAAAAAGUCUUCCAUACAGAAAGCCCCUAUAGCCUUCCGCCCUUUCAAAAUGCAGCAGAUCGAAGAAGUCAGUAUUUUAUUUGCAGAUAUCGUGGGCUUCACCAAGAUGAGUGCCAAUAAGUCUGCUCACGCGUUGGUGGGUCUCCUCAAUGAUCUGUUUGGUCGCUUCGACCAGUUGUGUGAAGAGACCAAAUGUGAGAAAAUCAGUACCCUGGGAGACUGCUACUAUUGUGUGGCGGGGUGUCCAGAGCCCCGGGCUGACCAUGCCUACUGCUGCAUUGAGAUGGGCUUGGGCAUGAUCAGAGCUAUUGAGCAGUUCUGCCAGGAGAAGAAAGAGAUGGUGAACAUGCGUGUCGGGGUUCACACGGGGACCGUCCUCUGUGGCAUCUUGGGCAUGAGUAGGUUCAAAUUCGAUGUGUGGUCCAAUGAUGUGAACUUGGCCAAUCUCAUGGAGCAGCUGGGAGUGGCGGGCAAAGUUCACAUUUCCGAGGCCACAGCAAAAUACCUAGAUGAUCGGUACGAAAUGGAAGAUGGGAAAGUUACUGAACGCCUUGGCCAGAGCGUUGUUGCUGAUCAGUUGAAAGAACUGUGAAGAAUAAAACCUUUCUCGCCUUGAGGCCUCACUUUGCUGGAAUAAGGAAGUUGGCUUAACCCUGCAGGACUCUUGAGAAUUAGAUGGAAUUGUAUACUCCCAAGUACACACUGCCUUUGCCUAGGUCUCUUUUUUUAAAAUGUAUUUUCAGCUUUCAGUUUUCAUUUUUAUCGUGAUAUUUGUCUUAUAGACUGCAGCGUUUUAGAAAUACACCUGAAAUACACCCGGAGCAGUAUUUAGACCCCCUAUUCCCAACCCCUUGGAUUUGUAUCUUGUCUCUUAUCUCGGUCUUAAGCUCUUACUGCUGUUUUUGAUGUUUUCAGUGGGCUUCUUUGGUUUUUCUUAUUUUCACAUAGGACAAAAAUUUUUGAGGCCUGGAAAGUGAUGUAUAAGCAAGUGGGACCCAAAGUAAGGAUUCUAAAUACCUAACACCCAUCCUACCCCCUUUUUAAAAACAGUCCUUAUGUUUUACUAAAAUCUUCUGGGUUGGAGGGGGGACAUCUAUUUUGGAAGUAUUCAGAGAAAAUAAUAUUGAUUCUUAAAAGCCAAAAUUUGUAAAGCUUAUUGUGUUUUGUGGAGCCUACACGUUGCAUGAUUACACAGUAAAAGGCUCCAGGAAAAAGAGUUUGUCGGGGGAAGGAACAGCUUAAGUCAAAGAUGAGAGAAGUAAUACUGUAAAUCAGAGACAGUAAGUGGUUGAGUGUGGGGGCCUGAAUAGUUUGUCAGGCUUGACAUCAUCCUAUAUGCUCAACUGAUACUUCAUUUCUCUCCUUGUGAUUGGAGUUCCCCGUGUCAUUUACUUGUUAUUCGGUGAGAGCGCUUUAUCCUUCUCCUGACUUUUCUUUAUUAAUUUUGCUAGGAGUUGAAGAAUUUAUGGAUGUAGUAGAAAACUAUUUUCACCUGAUAACUUCCCUCUGUCUAGAGAGCUGUAAAUGUUACAUUGAGGAGGUCAGAAACUACACUUUGCAGUUCACUUGAGAGAUUCUGCCGUGGCGAUUGUCUUUCCCUGUAGGAGGGUGACCCUUGCUCUCAGAGUCCUCAGAGUCUAAAGAUGCCAGUGGAGUGUGGGGCAGAUGUAAUCCCUUGCUUGACACUUUGGCAUCUUUAAGAUCUGAGUGUUGUAGGCUCAGUCCUCACGGGUUGUGGGACAGAUUCCAGAGAAUGGAGCUGUGCUGUAUGACAUUAUGACAAGGAUAACAGUUUUGUAAGUGGUAGUUUGAACAGUGUAUUUCUUGAAUAUCAAAAAUAAAAACAGAUGUAAUCAUAAAGUAGGUCUGGAAGUCACCAAGUCUUUGACUCUUUGGCAAUACCCAUUUUUAAAAAUUUAUGUGUAAUUUUAUUUUCAACUUCAGUUCAAGCCAAGGGUCUCAAAGACACUGACAAGAUAUGCUAGAAUGGGUUUAUUGAUUUUUUUUUUAACUUCAAAUAGUGUAAAUUUGGUAAGUUAGCUUUUUCUUUAAAUUUGUGUAGUUGUAUAUUUAAGGGAAAAGUUUUACUACUGGAUGAGAGGUAGAGAAAGAUGGAAGGGUUAGCUAAAACGGUUAUAUUUUUAUAUGGUAUUCCCUCAUUUAACUGUUUCCCUGAGACCAUGAUUUUUGCUUUAUUCAGCUGAUUUUGAAAACCUUUGUGGACAGGACUCCAGUAAUAUAGGAUGUCUACACAACUUCCUGCCUCUUUUUGAAGCUGCCCAGUUCUGUUCUCCUGUCAUUGUACAAAUCUGCUAAAUUGAGAAGGUAGCACAGUUUGUAGAAAAUCCUUUUAUACCUGAGGUUAAGGUUAUAUAUUUAAAAUUUCCAUACUUAUCUGGCACGGGGGAUACCAUGAUCAUGAAGGCGGUUUUCCCAGGGUGAUGCUUAUCCAUUGCACCCCAGAUGUGCUGACCCCUGUGAUUUCCCCAAAUGUAGGAAACUCGACUGCAUAAUUUGUGGUAGUGGGGGACUGAGUUUGCGCUCUCUCCUUUUUUAAAAAGAUAAGUAAAUAAAAAAUAAAUUUCUUUUAGCCUGUCUUAGGGUUUAUGGAAAUAUUUUCUCUCUACAAUGUUGGGCAUCAGCCUUUACCUCUCAUCCCCUUUUCUGACAACGGGGUUAAAAAUACCCAGUAGAGGACUCUGUAGAAAUGAGUAUCAGUAGACUGGUCACUCCAGAACUAGCCUGGCAGCGUGAAAAGUAGCUACUGCUCUGUAAUUUAUCUGAAAAGGUUUGUGGAAGGGUGGACUUUCAUUAUUUCUGCACAUUCACUCACUCCUCGAAAAUCUUCAUCGUGCUCCUAUGAUGCGCCCCAUGCUGUGGAUGAGCAGAUGGAGUCCCGAAAGUUCCUGACCUCAGCGAGGUUACAGUUCUAAAUGUGAUAGCAUGUGCAGAGAGUCAGGAACACUGUAUGGAGGUGCACAUACUGAGGUGGAUGUUGAGACCAGGCGGUGGCUCUCCAGGUAGAUAAAAGAACAUUCAGUGCAGAACAUGAGCAAAGGCUUGGGGUUGUUUUUCUUGGUGGGCUUUAAGUACAGUACUUCAUGAGGACAAGGAAGGCUGUGGGUCACACGGGAAGGAGUUUGUAUUCGAUCCUGUAGGUAAUGGGGAGCCACCGAUAGGCUUUAGGCAGGAGGCUUAGGUGAUCUAAUUUGCAAGUUUAGAGGGCUUACUUUUUCAAUUCUAGGGAGUGUCGGUUGGAAGGGUAUGAGGUGGGAGAUUAGGGAGUUGUUUCAGUAAAUCCCGGACAGGGUAAUGGCAGCCUUAAACAGGGUGACAACAGUGGCAAUGGAGGUGGUGGGACAGAUAUGAGCAGUAGCAGGACAGACUUGAUAAGAAGUAGAGCCAGAUUUAAACAGACAGCUUGGUGGGUGAGAGGAUAGAUUGUCUGAAUGACAGAUGGCCUUUUUUUUUUUUUUUUUAA